GUACACCACUAUCCUCCCCUUCUUUCUAGCAGAAAGUCACUACUCCCUUUUUGUUUUCUAGCAGAUCUCAGAAGGCAGUGACUUUAUUGGACAUCAAUGUCCAACACAGCCUGCAAGAGGCAUGCUGUGGUUGAGGGGAAAUAAGGAGAUCUAACGGAUGCCUUCUGGCUACUUGGGGGGAAAUAAUUUCAGACAAUUGCAUUUUUGUAAAUUUCUAUUAGCCUACGGGUUAUCCUCCACAUUGAAGUUUUUCAGCAACGUGCAUUGUGCAUUGGAUGGAUACAUAAUCGUACCACAAAGAAGACAAAGCUUGUUGCAACUAAAAUACUUUUUUUCGUUCCUGUUCUUCUCCCUCAUACUUCCCCGUGCAGGAAAGCUAUUGUUGAAUGUGUAGAGUGGAAGGAGCACGCAGUCUGAUAUCUGUAAUACGACAGAGGAAAUGACCGUUUAACCAUUAGACCGUGUGGGACAUUAGGACAUGGGAUUUAACAGAAAAACUGACUCCGGGCUUUGAAUAACCCGUGAUCACAUCUUUGGGGAAAAUGGCAAAUUAAGUAUUUCUUCCUGUGAGAUUAACCCGAACUGUUUCGGAAACUUGGAUAGUUUGCAAGCGAUCUGAUUUGAGCGCACUGCGACCUAAAUAAUAUCCAGGGGUUGAAGUGCGGAGAGAACUAAUAAAACAUACAAGAGAAACUGUAUUUUGAACGUAACUAAAAAGUGUAUGUAGUCACAUAGCGGUUCACUCAUCACUUGACAGAACUUUCCAAUCAUAUCUGACUGUGAAAAUCCCUCUCACGGGCUAACGAGUGCGUACAAAGAUGGCAAUCCUUUGGAGACGCGCUCCUCUGGGGCUGUGGAAACAAAUAAUGGCUCCGCUCGUCUUGCUCUUGUGCAACAGGCUUGUGACCAAUGCGGACGAUGACACUUUCAACGCAGAGUCAUGGUUGCGGAGGUUUGGCUACCUGUCCCAGGCCAGCAGACAGAUGUCCACCAUGCAGUCCUCUCAGAUCCUGUCAAAUGCUGUCAGCGACAUGCAGCGCUUCUAUGGCCUGGAGGUCACUGGAGAGAUGGACGAUGCCACACUGACGGCCAUGAGAAGGCCUCGCUGUGGAGUCCCAGACAAACCUUUUGGGCAGACUGAGAACGGUAUGAGGCGGAAACGCUACACUCUCACUGGCCAGAAGUGGGACAAGAACCAUCUGACCUACAGCAUUAUGAAUACUACCCCAAAGGUCGGUGAGGAGCGGACACGAGAAGCCAUCCGCAAGGCCUUUUUGGUGUGGGAGCAUGUGACACCACUAAGCUUCGAAGAAAUCGCCUUCCAAGACAUCACCAACAGCAGCCAGGACGCGCUAGAUAUCAUGCUGUUGUUUGCCUCUGGUUUCCAUGGAGACAUGUCUCUGUUUGACGGCGAAGGGGGAUCCCUGGCUCAUGCCUACUACCCAGGGCCCGGGAUGGGCGGAGACACACACUUUGACGCAGACGAACCGUGGACACUUGACAACCAUAAUCCAUCAGGUAUCGACCUAUUCCUGGUUGCGGUGCAUGAGCUGGGCCAUGCUCUGGGCCUGGAGCACUCUGACAACCCCAAUGCCAUUAUGGCUCCCCUCUACCAGUACAUGGACACAAAGACCUUCUCACUCCCAGAGGAUGACAGGAGUGGAAUACAGAAGAUAUAUGGACCUCCAAACGAUGCUUCCACUCAGGACCCCCCCACCACCACCAGUGAUGACACCUCCCCUCACCAAGACCCCACCACCACUGCUCCUCCAGAUCUAAACCCCACCACCCCCCCUUAUAGUUCUCUCCAGACAGCCCCCCCCAGCCCCACCUAUGACCCUGACACCCCAGACCAACCAGAACCAGAUCCCACCGACGCACCUCACCCUCCAAUACCUGACCCAGAACCCACCAUCCUCUGGCCUGACCCUGUGCCGGUGACCCCCUACAUCAGGAGAGAUGAGCCUCGUCGCCCUGUGCAGCCAGACCACACCGCCCUGGACAUCUGUGACGGGGACUUUGAUACGGUCACUAUGCUGCGAGGGGAGAUGUUUGUCUUCAAGGGUCGCUGGUUCUGGAGAGUUAGAAGGAAUCAUGUUCUGGAUAACUACCCAAUGCCAAUUUCUGUCUUCUGGGUUGGACUACCUGAUGAUAUAGACUCUGGCUAUGAACGGCACGACGGGAAAUUUGUCUUUUUCAAAGGGGACAGGUACUGGGUGUUCAGGGAGGCUGAUGUGGUGCCUGGUUACCCCCAGCCCCUGGUAGAGUAUGGUCAGGGCAUCCCCUCAGACAGGAUCGACACAGCCAUCUGGUGGGAGCCCACCGGCUACACAUACUUCUUCAGAGGAGACAGAUACUGGCGUUUUGAUGAAGAGUCCCGCACCGGUGACAGAGACUACCCGAAACCUGUCUCCAGGUGGGGCAACGUCCCAUCCUCUCCUAAAGGAGCCUUCCUCAGCGACGAUGGCGCUUACACCUACUUCUACAAGGGCUCCAAGUACUGGAGGUUUGAUAACCAGAAAAUGAAAGAUGACCCAGGCUACCCUAGAUCCAUCCUUAAAGACUUUAUGGGCUGUGAUGGAGCACCAGAUGUGGACCCCGAUACAGAUGAUACAGUAACAGGCCGCAAGUGGCCCACAGUGGACCAACCAAAACCACAACCACCAAUUGGCUCAGACCCGGAUGAUGUCGACCGAGACACAGAUACGGAUUACACCAACGAUGUGGAUUAUGAACCUGAUGCAGAGGACAAAGAGGUGGAUGUGGUGGUGAGGAUGGCUGAGAACGAGGCCAAGGUUAUGACCCUGAUCAUGGUGACCGUGCCCCUGGUCCUGGUGCUGUGCAUCCUACUAUUGAUCUAUGCUAUUAUUAACACCCUGCAGAAGAAAGAGGCACCCAGACUUUUGGUCCAUUGCAAACGAUCCCUGCAAGAGUGGGUUUGAUGUGCUCCAGAUCUGGAUUCACACACACACACCAUACACAGGCACAUACAGUCCGCGCACGUACACACACAAACAUUGCAUACAAAUACAAGCACAUAAUCUCCCUAUUGUUCCUCCUUAACCAGUUUAUAACGGACAAUUUGCACUUUUAACACCAAGUGUGUGGAUUUUUUGUUGUUGUUAGUUUGUACCCUGUUGUAGUUUUAUGUGUUCAAGCCAAAGAUUUCCACAAAUGUCCUUAUAAAACAGAGUGGUGGUGCCUGUCUACAACCAGCAAAGGAAUGUCUAACUGUUGUGUGUGCUGAAAACACAAGACCACCCCCUCCCACUGUGUCUUUCCUCUAGUCUACAACAGCCCGGACUUUAUCCACAAAAGGGCCGAUUUAGAUAUUGAUAUUCAGACCCCCUUGGGGCGAAACGAAAUACAGGGGUUCAAAAAGUGGUAUAUCUCAUGGUACACAUAUUUAGGAAGGCUGCUAGAACGGAGCUGGGUCUGGUUGACAUUACCCAGAUGUUGCUGAUUUAGUCAUUUUGGCUGCAGAGCCGGGGGAGGGGUUAGGGUGCCUGCCAGCAUUUCCUUUUCCCGAGUUAGAGUUCUUUUCUCCUGGGGGGGGGGGGGGGGCAAGGGGAGGGGCUGAGCGGAGCUCCAUUGGCAUUGUGCCUGCUGACCUAGAUUAGCGAGGCCCACUCCUGUUUUUCAAAACUUUUUUUCUUCUGAGCGGUUUGGCUGGAGAUGUCUUCCUGUGAGACUCCCCCUCCCCCGCUGCUAUGUUUCACUGUAGACAUACUCCAUCUGCAGUCUCUGUUUCCGUCUGAGAAUCUGCUCUAUACCUAGGAGAGGCUUUAGUUCUAAUCUGUGAUGAUAGGUCACAGGGGUUUGUGAUGAGGUCUGUUGGAGUAUUCACGUUGAACUUAACCAUAAAUGAUGUCUUACAACUCUUUGUUGCCAUUUAAACAAUUUUUAAAAUUAAAAUGUGUGGGACUUCUUCCUUUGUUGCCAACUUUUUGUGUGCCAACUUCCAUCCUUUCAAAGGCAAAACACUUUUUAUACAACACCCAGAGUGCAAUUAUUGUUUUGCGCAAUAGACAGAUGAAGAUCAUUAGUUAUAGAGGUUUUUCCUCGGCAAAGCCACUAUGCACAUGUAAACAAAAAAUGGUUGUAUAUGCUUCAGGUUUGUGGUCGGUUGUGAAUCACCCGUGUUUUGUCAUUUAUUGUUUGUGUUUUGUAUUAGUCGGUCGUUGGAGAGGAACGAAUACAGUUUUUUUUUUUUUUUACUUUUGAAAAUUUGCACGACAUUUUGUGUUGUGCUCUCUGUACAUUAGCGGAGUUAAAUGAUGCAUGCAGGACAUGUAAAGCCUUUACACAAAUGAAUGAAAUGUAUAAGGAUUUCAAAAUAAAACAUGAAUUAUGGCAAACAA